AAGGUCAGCUUGCGCACACAACUCGUGAUGGUGUUGACCUGCUCUAAGCCCUGACAGCACGUCGCCGUGAGCUGCUAUUCCCUCCUCAGCAGCAUCUAGCAACGCUACCUCCGUGGCCGGCACCUUGGAAAGCAAAGCAGCGUAAGAUCCGCGUGUGUUGGCCAUGGAUUGUAGCCAGAUAUUGCCUGGAGCCGUCAACUCGGGACCCUGCUCACUCGCCACGGGCUACUACAACGAACACCCUUUCAUCGUGUAUGCGUCUGGUAGAGACAUAGUGAUAUUGGACGGACGUCUGAAGCACGUACAGACGCUACUGGGCUCUGACUUGGGCUAUGGAGAGACUCCCAUCAACUGUGUUGACACUGCCGAGUUGGUGGGGAAAAUUGCCGUGUCCUGGGGGUCUGAUGUCGUAUUUUUCUACCCGGAACCCCUUGAAGAUAACCAAGUACAAAACAACAAUGAGUUUCCAGGUCACUGGAUACUGUCUCACACAAUCCCGGUGGACUAUUCCGUGCUCUCUCUCUCGUGGAACAAAGAAGGGAAGCAGCUGCUCGUCGGCGGAGACGCUCUGUCUCUGUGGUCGUACUCUGCCGAGGAGAGCGUCACGUCUCUUCUCCCUCCCGACCCAAACUCUUCUGGGGAGGGGUGUCAGGGGGUGUGGGGUGAGAGCUGGCGAUGUUCGCUGGCUCAACCAGCCGUGUAUCUCAGUUUCUCACCGGAUGGUGCAAUGUUUGCCUCUGCUAGCCAAGACGAUCACUUUGUCAAGAUUUGGUACCAGUCCAAGAUUGGUGGAGGAGGACUGGGGACGCCGCACAUGUAUUCCUUUGUCUACGUGGCACACCCAAUGAAAGUAACUGGAAUGGCGUGGAGAAAAACGAGCUCCUUCAUGCCAAAAGGGUGUGUUCCCAACGUCCUUUUGACGUACUGCAGGGACAACAUCUGCCGGAUAUGGAGUCACCGCUUGUCCCAGGAUCCCUCGACUCACUUGCGGUUUUUCAUCGCGGCUUCCAUUGAUCCAAUCGCCGACAUUCCUUUCAAAUCCAUGGCCCCUAUCGAAGGCAUGCCUUUUCUUGUCCACUGGCUUCAGAAUAAAGAGACCACGUUCACUAGUAAAGCGCAGAAGACACAGAAAGCGUCGUUUCUCCCGCUCUCGCGUCACAGCUCCCUCGCGAGUUUCGCGUCUAGCAUAAACGAAGAGAUGUUGCAAAGCUGGGUGUGCAUCGAGGACACCAUCCCCUCCCCAGAACAGAACACUCCGCGACUCCCCCACGUCAUUUCUCUGGAAAACUACCUCAGAACCGGGCCUCGAAAUUCUGGAAUGGUGACAGGGGAAGGAGGUAGCCCGUUGAAACAACCCGAUUCGUCUUCGACACGAGCAAGCCUCGCAAAAAAGCUCUUUGCCGGUCUGAUGGACGAGUGGUGUAAUUCACCUGAUCUCUUGCUGUGUAUUCAUCCGGGCACCGGAUCGCUCAUGGUGUGGACAGUCGAGGGCCUAGACGCCUCUCACUCCACCUCCAGACUCUGCCACAUCAGCUUCAGUUCUUGUCUCCCGCACAUCUUUCCGCCUCACCUGGCGCAGUCCCUUCACAGCAGUCUCCUCCAGUACCUAAUCAAGGAGCCCGACGUCGUUCACACAAGGGAGAUGGCACUCACGGGGAGUCUGGCCGAUAUUAGCAUCCCCGUACCCCAAAUAAGGUUACCGAGUGGAGGAACCGUUACCGGGGCGAUGAUGGACGCCAUGAGAAACAAGGAAGACGUCCCGAAAACAAAGGCCGAUUCGAGUCUGAUUCUGAUUUCGAAUCACCAAAACGGGUCCAUCCACGCGUGGUCCGUGGAGCUGACUGUGCAGAGCAACUACUACACUUCUAUUGCGGGGCUUAUUCACUGGGGAGGGACAGGCGGGCAUCAUUUGGAGGUGAGAGCCGUCCAUCGACACCCGUGGCUCCCUGUCCUCAUGACAGUUUCCGUCGAGAAUGACGAAAUUGCUGAGAAAGAGAGAGAAAAUGGGAAACGACACGUGAACAACGAGCUCAUUAUUUGGAACGCUCAUCUCCCAGGCCCUUUGGCACACAAGAGCGGCCUACACGAGCUCUCUCGCAUGUCCUCCCCCGAUCCCCUCUCGUUUCAUUUCGUGACGUGGGUCCCUCCAAUUUCAGUCGGCAGCUCUGCCAAGGAGGGGAUCUUAGCUAGGUCACCUUCGUCCGGGCUCUUGGUCGCAAAUGUCGGCAAAGAAUUGAGACUCUUCCAAACGUCGCUGUACUGCACCUGCAAGUCUCUCGAAAAAGGGGAGCUGAAUUCAUCGUUCGAUGCCUCACAGCCCGACAUUCUAAUCACUUCUCAUUUCGGGAAGGAUGGCAUCCGCAGUAUGAGUGUUAUCGAACGUGACAUUUCACAAUUCGAGGACAUCGUUUCGCUGCAAGCUUUUCGGCUGUGCUCGCUGGUGACGUCUCACGACAUCAAGAAAUCACUCAACGCGAGGUUCAGCAAAGACGUGGUCAUAGCACUGAUCGAGAACCGUUCGUCUCAGAGCCUGACACCAAAGCCUACAAAUAGCUCCAAAGCCUCGGCUACCAUCAAACAAAGCUACCUCCACGUUUGGAGAGUUAUCAUUUCCACACACAGACCUGCUUCUGAAUCGCUGAGAACAAGAGGAUUGUCAAAUCCAGACACGAUCGACAGACAAUUUUCCGUUGGGGUCGGAGAUUUGGCUUACAAAGCUCAGGUAGAGAAGGUCUUAUGUUGCGCCUUUCCCCUCCCCCAUAAAGUCCAUGUGGAGCAUUCUUCGCCAGCUUGUGAUAUCUCCAGCUCGCUUCAGCUCCAGCUUCCAACACUGUCCGCUCCAUUUCUCUUCACCACCGCUUGCUCCGACGCGACGCUUCGUUGCUGGCAACUUACGGCCAGGAGUGUCGUUGAUAGCAUCACCAUGGCAGCCAGGAAUGUCGCCAACCCCACCAACAGUCUCGAAACUGGUCUGGAGACGAAAACGAGAGCUCUCGAUUAUUUGGAGUUUGAGCUGAAUGAAGUUUACGUUGGAUCGCCCGUUUCUUCAACUGGAGAUGAUUUCACCCACAGAGGAGGCCAAGGACUAGAUCUGAGAGAAAGCCCUGCUCUUAGUGAACUCCCGAAGGAUUCAGAGAUCCCAUGUACCAUCGCCAAUGCCUACGCUGGUCGCCUGGCUCUCGCUCACCUCCUCACCCACGCCCCCAAUUCCCCCCAAUCUCCACGGCGACCGUCGGUUAAUCCCCUCGGGCGGUACUCGGCGGUGACAAUUUGGGAGUGCGAGUCGACUGGAGGGUUGAAGUGGCUGUGUGAGGAGACACUUCUACUCAGUGGUGUUGGAGGAAUCUCUCGGGACCCAAAAGGCUCGAGCGCAGGUGGACACUGUCCAUCUCGAGUGGCUCCCAAUGGAGAAUGGAGCAUACCUUCUGGCAACCUGUUUCGAGUCAAUCAUAUCCAUUUUCGGAAUGGCGCUACCACAAGUCGAGGGAGAUUUCACCAAACUGGUCGCCAACCGGCCAAACGUGUUUCUGUCCAAGAAAGGUUCCGCAAACCUGCUCGUCACGGACAGCUCAAAGGUAUCGUGGGUCUGUCUGCUGCAGUUCCCGUGUGCAAAACGCUACCCAGGUCUCUCCAUUUCUCAGUUUGCCUACACCGGCAGCAACAGCCUCCUGAUCAGCAUCGGGACCGAAAUACACAUCUACUCCUGCAUGGUUCGCGGGAGCAAGCUCGAAGCCUUCACUCCAUCGCAGACGGGGAAAAGAGCCGUCUCCAAAACCCCGAGUCGCGUCUUCCGACAGAGGGAGAACCUGGAGGGCUCGGGGAAGCUGUCCGAUUCGGACAUCAUCAAUCUUCUCGAUUUCGCGCACGCGAGGAACACUCCGCUGCCGCAGUACCACCCGAAAAUCUUGCUGGAGUUGAUGAACUCGGGAAAGUUGCACGCCGUCCGGGCUAUCCUCGUGAAUCUUGUCAAGUAUCUCCUUCUCUACGAGAGCCGUCAAACGUCGAGUGAAGACGAGGGAGAGUCGAGUUUCGCUUACGGCAGCAAAGAUCACGACAACGGCGGCAGUUCUAAGCGCAAGAGAAUGCUCUCAGUUUCGUCGGACGGUCAGCUGCGACGGAGCCACCAUCUCGGUUCCAAGAUCGAAGUCGAGACGAUCCCCAGUCUCUCGCUUUCCAAGCUCGGAAUAUUUGGUACCAGUUCUGCUAGCACCGGGGAACAGGAAUCGACGCGUCGGGACCUGACAGAGAGAGGGGUCGAGGAAUCUACUGAAGGGCUGGACGAAGAUGAUUUGUUCACCCUCACAGCAACACCCAAAGAAGAGGAUUUCAGUUUCAGUUUCAAUGAGGAUGGCGAGAAGGAGUUGGAUUUCUCUGAUAUCAACCCGGCGACAAGUGACUUGACUCCCGAAAUGUCGGCCAAGCUUACUAGGAUUCUGCAGUGUGCUCAGCUGGCUGAUCUUAGUGAUCUCGAGCAAGUGAGGCUCAUGGCGAUUGCAGAGACAGUCGCCAACACCAGAAUGGCCUUCGAUCGCCAACUGGCAUCAUCGGUAGCCGGCGGGAGUGCUCCUACAUCAAUGAGCGACCCUGUGGCCCCUGUCCUUGGGUUCACUGCGGGUGCAGGGUACGCUUCGACCUCCCUCGCUCAGGGAGUUGGGGGAGGAGAAGCAAUGGACGAUUGCGGAAUCCGCUACCUCUUGGCACUGAAAAACUACCUCUCGCUCUCCGAAUCACUCCCGUCCGGCGUUCGCCCAGGCCGGCUCUCCCCCGCAGAUUUCAUCUGGGCAUUUCACUCCGACGCAGAGAUGGAGCUGCUCGCUGCGCUACCCUGCGUUCAGAGAGACGAUCUGAGGUGGUCCGAGCUCCGUAAUGCUGGAGUCGGUUGGUGGUUGAGGAGUCUCGACACCCUCAGGAGACUAAUGGAGAGGCUUGCUAAGACGCAGUUCAUGGCAAAGCAAGACCCACUCGACUCAAGUCUCCUCUACCUAGCAAUGAAGAAGAAAUCACUCCUGAAAGGCCUUUUCAGGACUGUGGGUGAUUCACGGAUGACUAAAUUUUUUGCUGAGGAUUUCACGACAGAGCGAUGGAAAAGGGCAGCCCUCAAGAACGCGUUCGCGCUGCUAAGCAAACAGCGGUUCGAACAUGCGGCAGCAUUCUUUCUCCUCGGCGGAAAGGUCUGGGACGCCUGCGAGGUGUGCAUCAGUCGAAUGGGCGACUUGCAGCUGGCACUCGUCAUAACGCGACUCUACGAAGGAGACGGUGGCCCCGUGUACGAAAAGAUCCUAAAGAAAACCAUUCUCGGUAUUAGUGACGCAGCCGCACCGACCGGUGGGAGGAUGGAUAGAGAGCGAAAGCAGGGAUACGUGGCUAGGCCAAAUUCCGAUCCUUUUCUACGGAGUAUUGCCUGUUGGUUACUCCAGGAUUACUCCGCCGCGCUGGAAACCCUGCUUCGGUCGGAGUAUGCGACAGAUGGAGACACAGAGGGCCCUUUUAAACCACUUGACCCGGCAAUCUUCAAUUUCUACUUCUUUCUUCGCUCGCAGCCUCUCCUCAUCCGACGCAAUCAACACGACUAUCGCUCGCUGAGGAAGAAAUCCCAUUCCUUGCUUCCUUCGAUGUCCGUUCACCACGAUCGCUACUCUUCCCGGAGUCAACCCAUCAGCAGCGUGGGGGACGAGCCACUCACAGCUUUGGAACGCAACCUUCUCUUCGGUACUGCCUACCACCACUUGAACCACGGGUGCCCCUUACUAGCACUCGACGUUCUGGCAAAACUUCCAAAAUCGUCGAGUCUCGGCGCAGAUUUGAAUCAAGACGAACGGAGCCGAAGUGAUCCUACCAAGGGCGGGCUCCGGGCAGAAGAGGCGAAGAUGGGGAAGAAGAGGAAGAAGAUAGACCCCACAGCCUCUCUGACAGGUAUGAUUCAAAGUGGAACACUGCGAGAGUUUGAUUAUGCCCCCAAGUCAAAAGGUAUCCGCACAGACAGUGUGGCCGAAGAGGAGGAAGAGGAGGAGGAGGAGGAUUGGUCCAAACCGGUCACCCUGAGAAACGAGACUAUUGACGACAUGGACUGGUCGCAACCAGCAGCGCCGAUUGGAAGAACAGGAAAUGAAGAAGAUGGUGAAAUCGACUGGUCAAAACCCAUCACGGCCCACAUGCUGACAGGCCCCCAGAACGAGGGAGAAGGUGGUGACGACAUUGACUGGAGCCAGCCAGUCUCCUCUCAGUUUGAAUCAAAGAGAAGCCCCUCUCUCUCUCCGCCACACUUCGACGGACAAGGAGCCUUCUCUCCCCCAUCUGAAUCUGCUGUUCUGGAGGGCAGCGAAGAAAGUGAUGGGAUCUCCUCGUAUCCAACGCUCACUACCCUUUCUUCCCAGGGGCUCUUUGUUCUGAGUCUGGCCGAACAGCUGCAAUACAAUGCCUGUCUCAGUAUCCUCACCGAAGAACUGAUCACCAUUCACCUUCCCCCGUGUUGCGAUUUCCUGUGGGAGAAAGGAGGGAGGGCGGCCUUGCCGCUACUGCCCCUCGCAAAGAGCCAAGAGGAGAAGCAACUGGCGUCCCACUGCAGGGAAAACGCAUUCGAGAAGACCGUUUUGAAGCUUCGAGGGAUGCUGGUGGUCUGGCUGAGACGAGAAAUGGGGAUCGUGAAAGAGAUCUGCGGGUUCGAUAGCGGUCGUGACGAUUUGGAGGAAUCCUCUGAAGACUACGUCCCUGCUGGCUACGACCUGCUGACGACAUUGAUGAACUACACCUCUCUGCAUGCGGGGACCACUCCGAGUCUCAUCACUAUCAAACUGGAGCUGAUGCAUCUCAUGAACACACUUCUUCCGUGGAGUACGCAACUCACGAGGACCGAAACCAACGUCGAUGGGGAGACGGGAUCAACUUCUCUCGUGGCCCCACCGCUGGGCGGCAAUUUCCCAACCUGCGCCGUGGACCCCUCCCAACUCCCCAUCCUCACCUCCUGUUCUCUCCCGGCGAAACACCUCACAAACCUAGCGCUUCACUUGCGACUCAUGUCGGCCUCCGUCAUCGAGGUGUUGGCCAAUCACACCUGUCCUCCGAUAUCCAGCACACCCCUACCCCACGUCUCGAAGGUCUUCGAGCUGUGCUGCGCGAUAUCGAACUCGAUCACAGUCUGCCUCACUCCGAUUAACAUAACUGAGAUCGCGUCCGAUUUCCUCCUGUCUCCACCCGACCAUAAAUCUGGUAGAAGUUCUUCGUUUGCCUCGAGUGAAGCGUUCGAGCUUCCCACCACCCCCAACACCAAGGCCUCAAAGUGGCCUGGGGUUUCGAGAUGGCCGAAAGCUCUUCAAUCGGAUGAGGGGAAAGACCCAACUCCAAUGAGUCUCAUACUGGCCGAGUGCUGCAUUGCGAUGUACGUAGGUCUCCUGUCUGUGGCGUGGUCGAGGCACUCCAUUGGCGAUCUACUCCUCCUGUUGAAGAACUGCCCGUCGCAGGAGUUCUGGUAUCUGGCGUUUGGCGGCGGAGUCGACGUGAAGAGGAGCGAGGAGAAACAGCAGAAGGGAGGCGUAGGGGGAGAGAGAAGUGUGUUCAUGAAGAAAGUUGACACGAUGAAGAAGAUGCUGCAGAAGGUGGUGUUAAAGUCGGGAGAGGCAGCUGGACACGGUCUCUUUGUGGCUCCUAAGAGGACUCUGUUACAGCUAUUCUUGGACAGUCCUACUGACGACAGGAGUGAGUCAAAUCAGGCCAUUACAUUCACCACUCACAGGACAUUGUCCAAUGCAUCGACAAUCGCCCCUGAGUUCAAGGAGGACGAGGAGGAGGAGGAGGAGGAGGAGUAUUUUAUGGGAGAUCCCUACAUGGAAGAAGGCCCCUCCUUCCGCCUUGGCUCAGUCUCAAAGGAGGACGAUAUAAGAGACCCAAAGAAUCCCGACUCUUUUCCGUGGUGCCUCAUGAACCUGUGUAUCACCAAGCUGGUUCAGGAGGGCGUGCGAAAGAUCCUCACCACGGCUGGUUUGGAGGUCCUUGAGCUGGUCACGGCCUCGCCCCUGCUCUAUUCAACUCUCAAAGUUCUAGACGAGUGGGAAUCGAUCUUUGCCCGUCGACUCGAUGCCCUCGAGAUGCUGCCGGAGGAGCUCUUCACGAGAGACGAUGAGGACACGGGGGCCUUGUUUGUGGGCGUCGGCCCGGCGGUCAUGCGACACAAGUUCAUCCUGGAGCCGGAAAAUUCUCCGUUUCUCGGCCAGCGGGCGGCUGCCAAGGAGGCGAGGCAGCUGUGGGAGUUUCUGGUUCACAGGGAGGAGUGCCGGGAGAUCUUCAUCCACCACAUAUUUUCCAGUAAAGGAGGGACCGGGGAGAGUGGUGCCCACGUCGGGCCGAGCUCCCGGAGCUUGUUCAAGGCUCCUGACAGUGUCAUAUGGUCCUUCUGCAUUCAUCCAGCAGCUCAGUGGAACCCCACCAUAAUGGCCGUGGCUCUUCCCCGCGAGAUCAUCGAGAUCGAGAUUCCAGACGUUGCCGGUCUCGAUUCCGUUCCGUAUGGAGACGAAAUGAGCGAUACUAUGUCCGUGGGACCGGGUACCGUACCUAAGAGAAGUCACAGUGUGGCCUUCACAGGAGCAGGUGACUUCAUCCUGGUCCAACCUGCCCCCUACCCCACCUCAUCGACAGAGGCCAACACGGCGUUGAAGAGAUACUCGUCGUCCGGUGGACUCCACAGCCAGACCGGGACACACUCCAGCAUUCUGCUGAGACGAAAUGUGAUUGGUGUGAAAAAGAUAGUUCCUCAUCCAUCGAUGGCCUAUUAUCUCACUGGGUCGAUUGACGGCUCCGUGCGGAUGUGGGAAUUUGGAACCCAGAGGGUGGUCUCCCAGCAACGGUCGCCGGGGACGCCCAGCAUCACGGAGAUACGGUUCACCCCUCAGGGGAACAAGUACGGAGUGGCAGACACCUCGGGGAAGUUGCAUCUCUGGCAAGGCAUCCACACCUCCACCAAGACACCAUACAAGGUUCUGGACUCGGGAAUGAGACAACUCAGUGACUUCCUGUUCCUCGGCUCCUCCAGUCUCAUCGUUGCCGGCGGCGAUUCCCACGACAACAAGAACGUAAUCAUAUGGGACACUCUUCUUCCAAACAAAAGGAACAUCGUAAAAGAAUACGUAUGUCACGAGGCGGGAGGAACCGCUGUGCUGGCUUACUCCCAGCUCAAACAGCGGAUGUUCAGUGGUGGCAAGAGAGGCGACGUGUGCAUCUUCGACGUCCGGCAGAACGCCCUCAUCCAGUGUCUCCCUGUCCACACGGCUGCCAUCACGUGUAUGGCGGUGAGUGACCUGGAGGGGUACCUGGUGACUGGCUCCAGCGAGGGGGAAAUUAAGGUCCUGGACCUGACGUCAAUGGACGAACUGGCAGUCUACGUCAACCAACACGCGAAAUCUCGUCUCUUCCGCCACGACGGAGGGGUCACCGACCUCUGCGUGAAACCAGGAGGCAUUUUGUUCUCCAGCGGAGCGGACGGCUCCAUACGUAGUAGAACGCUGCCCUAGCACCACGUACUACGUUCGUUGGUUGGUCCCACUUUGAGCGUUUGUUGUAUCGUCUGUUUGUUUGCACCGGGUUCGCUAAUUUGUGUAGUUUCAAUUUCUGACAAUCUUCCACUCAUCAUAGGCUGUAUUAUAAUAACUAUGUACACAGAGCUAUUUUCUAUAAAUUUUCACAAUUGUUUUUGUCCUUAUAAACUAGAGAACUUUGUUUGACAAAGCGAGUGUGAUCAGGGAUCAGUCCAUAUAGAGCAGUGUAUAUA